CCGCACGACACCAGAUGGUCUUCCCAACGCGCCAGACCGCAGUUCUAACCAACCAUGUUGGCAAUGCAUUGUGUGAGCUAUAGCUCCGGAAUCGGACAAUACAUCCUAACCGGCGGCUCGGACCGGAAAAUCACCCUCACAAACCCCACAACCGCCACCCCCCUCCAAUCCUACACCUCACACGGCUACGAAGUCCUCUCCCUCAGCAUCUCUCCAGACAACAGCACUUUCGCCUCUGCCGGCGGUGAUAAACUCGUCUUCCACUGGGACGUUGCAACUGCAAAGACCCUCCGACGCUUCGAAGGCCACUUCUCGCGCAUAAACGCCGUAACCCACAACGACGACGCGAGCGUGCUGAUAUCCGGUUCGUACGACGCCACGGUCCGGCUUUGGGACUUGAAGUCGCAGUCGCGGAAGGCGGUACAGGUGCUUGAGGAUGCCAAGGAUAGCGUUACGAGUGUUUAUGUAAAGGGCUGUGAGGUGUUGGUGGGCAGUGUGGAUGGCAGGGUUAGGAAUUAUGAUGUUCGUAUGGGGAGGUGCUUUGUGGACUUGAUUGGCUGGCCUGUUACUAGUGUUGGUGUCACGGCCGAUGGGAAUGCCUUGCUUGUGGGUGCGCUUGAUGGUGGGAUUCGGUUGAUGGAUAAGGUUAAUGGGGGGAUGCUGCAGUGCUAUCGCGGACAUGUUAAUGGGGAUUUUAGGAUUAGAAGUUGUUUUGGUGAGGGGGAGAAGUACGUGAUCACUGGGAGUGAGGAUGGGUGGAUUUGGGUCUAUGAUUUGCUGGAGGGGAAGGUGGUGGAGAGGUUGAAGGGGCAUGAAGGGAAGGUUGUGACUUGUGUUGCCUAUAAUCCCGGAGGGAAAAAGCAGAUGGUUAGCAGCGGGACUGAUGGUACCGUCGUCGUCUGGGGGGAGUAAUACGUCAAUUACGGCGUUUGGUGCGAGCUCAGUUGCACUUCGAUUUCUACUACGUUAAUCCACAUUUUGUUUCC